AGUUGAGUUAAGUAGUUGAGUUAAGUUGAGUUAAAUGCAGGAUUUGAAGGGCAGAGCACAGGGAGGGACUUCUGGGGAAACAGAAACUCAGCCAUGUACAUGAUAACAAACGGUGUUCAUUUCCCAACCCCCACACAUACCCCCAGCUCCCUCCCAUCCCGCUCUGUACGUUGUGUGCUCUAACCCAAAAACAAGAGCCUUAACAUCUUGCUGACAUUAAACUGUGAGCCAUAACACAGUCCAUGGAGGGAUGAUGGGGCUGUGGAUGCUGCUUCUCCUGCAUUUACCACUUAGUAAUGCUCCCUUGAUUGAAGAUGUGGGGGAAGAAUGUGAUUUAAAUGUGGUUGGUGUUUCCCUCCCUGCACCUUCCAAUGUCUCCAUCUCUUCCUUCAACAUGGAGCAUACAGUCAGCUUCCUACCAGGUCCCGGGACCCCGUCCAACACCCACUUCACUGUCCAAAUCAUCCACCACAGGAAGAACUCGUGGAGACCAGUGGUUGGCUGUUUGGACUUGAUGGCCGGACAGAUUUGCAACCUAACCAGAGCGUUCAAGAACCCCUACAGUCACUACAAAGCCCGUGUCCAGGCCUUCACACCCACCCAGAAAUCCAACUGGACUGUGUCAGGGUGGUUCAAGCCUCUAUCAGACACUGUGUUAGGACCUCCCGAUGUGUCUGUGUCUGGCUGUGGGAACUGUUUGAUCCUGCAGCUCAGAGUUCCUGCAACAUCGGGGCUCCAGCAGGGCCUCCAGCUGGGCCUCCAGCUGAAGGACCUCUACAGAGAGGCCAUCCUCCAUGUGAAAAGAACCAGGGAUGGGGCAGAGUUCAGUCUGAAUCUGCCUUACAGUGAGGAGAAUGUGAUCACGUACCUGCAGCCAGGUGUAGAGUACUGUGUGACUGUCUCUGUGACAGGACUCUUCAACUCAAACCUGGUCCCCAGUAAACCUUACUGUGCCUUCACCAGCCCUCCUCCACCCAGGAGCUCACUAUAUGUGGUCUUCGGCCUGUUGGGUGCUUUCUCUUUACUAGGGUUCCUCUUCAUUGGACUGGUCUUUCAUGGUGGUCAGCUGAGCUUCAAGUUACUAAGAAAACCCUCUGGUAACUGAUCCAACUCUGGGAUUUAAAUAAUCAAUUUUUCAAAAAUGACACUGUAUAUUUCUGAGAUAUUUAAGAUUCAUGUCUUCAGUAGAAACCAUCAGGCCCCCCAAGGGGGGAGAGGAAGAUUGUGAACUUUGUAAAUUGUUAUAAUACUUUAUGUCAUUGUUUCUAAUUUCUUGGAUCACAUGUGGAGGAAUAGGAAAUGAAAUAAGAAAUUACCUGACUUGCACAUGAAACUUGACCUGAACAACCAAUUCCCAUAGGAACAACCAUAAAAAUUCAGUUUUGAUAAUGCAUUAGUUUGAGUAUUUUUACUAUGCUUAGAGUAUGUGCUUUAUUAUUGUAAAUGAUUAUCUUUACUGUCUUAAAUGCUGCUGUCCAGCCUGCCAGAUGAGCAAAGUGAUUCUUCACCUGGUUACUGCUCUUACUGACAAACUGUUGUGUUAUAAGGUGAAAAAUGUGCCCUUUGAUUCCACGAUCAUUUCAUGGGCUUUAAAGUUUAGCAUUGAAUACUUUUCAUUAAAAUUAAAACACAAACAAUU